AUUGAGAAGCAGUCAUUUCUAUUUGCCAAAAUGAAGAUAUGGCUACUUAGGCUGAGAAUAUUAUCGACGGCAUUGAUGUUGUACUCAUGUCAAGCAACCGGCAAUCUCCACCCGCUGAUUUUAGUGCCCGGGAAUGGUGGAAACCAGCUAGAAGCCAGGCUAACUCGUGGGUACAAGCCCACGAGCCUGGUGUGCAAUCGUUGGUACCCGCUGGUGAAGCAAAAGGAUGGAUGGUUCAGGCUCUGGUUUGAUCCUAGCGUCUUACUGGCACCAUUCACAGAGUGCUUUGCUGAUCGUAUGAUGCUUCAUUACAACGAAGAAUCAGAUGAUUACUUCAACGCCAUUGGGGUUGAAACCAGAGUCCCUAAUUUUGGCUCUACUCAGUCUCUUCUCUACCUUGAUCCCAACCUCAAGCACGUUACGGAGUACAUGGCAACGCUGGUGGAAUCUCUGGAGGAGAUUGGCUACGUCGACGGUGAAACACUUUUUGGAGCUCCAUACGAUUUUCGAUAUGGGUUAGCUGCAGAAGGUCACCCAAGCAAGAUUGGCACAAAGUUCUUGCAAGAUUUAAAAGAAUUAAUAGAGAAAGCAAGCAGUGUUAAUGGAGGAAAGCCAGUGAUAAUUCUCUCACACAGCCUAGGGGGCCUUUUUGUGCUGCAACUUCUCAACCGAAACCCACCAUCUUGGCGAAAAAAAUUUAUCAAACACUUUGUAGCACUAUCUGCGCCAUGGGGUGGUGCUAUAGAAGUAAUGCUUACUUUUGCUUCUGGGAAUACACUGGGAGUGCCAUUGGUUGAUCCACUGCUGGUAAGGGAAGAGCAGAGAAGCUCAGAGUCUAACUUAUGGCUUCUGCCAAAUCCUAUCAUAUUUGGGACAAAACAACUCGUUAUUACUCCAAAUGCUAGUUAUUCAGCCAAUGAAAUAGCACAAUUUCUUGAGAAUAUUGGGUUUUCAGAAGGGAUUCAUCCUUAUAAAUCUCGCAUUUUGCCUUUGAUUGAGAAGACAAUUGCUCCCGAGAUUCCCAUUACGUGUAUAAUUGGGAGUGGUGUGAGGACAGCAGAGACAUUGUUGUAUAGGAGAAAUGGGUAUGAUGAGCAGCCAGAAAUUGUGUAUGGAGAUGGAGAUGGCACGGUGAACAUGGCUAGCUUGUUGGCGUUGGAAUCUCUGUGGACUGGGAAUAAAAAUCAAUACGUUAAGGUAAUAAGAAUUGGUGGGGUUUCUCAUACAUCAAUACUUAAACAGGAUAUUGCUCUUGAUGAAAUUAUAGGAGAAAUUUCUUGCAUUAAUUCUAAUGCAAUGAGAACAGCAGUUUGAAGAUUUGAUUUGCAUGAUAGAGAAUGUAAUCUAAUUUGGUUUGUAGCAGGCAUUUUAAACUGUUCAUAUGAAUAAUGAUACAUAUCGGCUCCUUGGAACU